CUGUUACUCUGCUUCUCGAGUGCCUCCGUUUCUCCACCAUUGUGCUUGAGAGAGAGCGACGCAGCUGGAUACUGCACAGAUGAGGAGAAGCUGACGAGGUUGGAAGGCUGCUUGUGAUCCUGUGAAGGAAUUAGAGGCACAAAUAAAAUUGAAGCUUCGUGUGCAUUCUUGUUGCAAGGAGAAAAAGGGCUUCGGGGGAUUUGAGAUUAGCCGAGCAGUAUGAGAAAGGGGAGAUUUCGCAAGGAAGAGGGCGCUCUUUGAACCUUCUUCCACGGGUGAUUUGAUACGCUUUGUUGCCAUGGAGAUGCUAUAAGCUUUCUUUCAGGGAAGAAAGCUAAGAGGCUCGUUGCGGAGACACAACGUCCCUGCUAAGUAUAUUCCGAGGUUUGCUCGAAGAGGAAGAGGAAAGGUGUAGGCUUUUGUCUUCCGUUGUAGUGGAAAAAGGAACCACAUUUGUGUUGGAAGGCUCACAAACGACAAGAAGCGUAGGUUGUAGCGGUAGUGGUGGUAUAGGUAGGAGGACGAGGCGGUGGCUGGCGUCGAUCAGAGAGAGUAAAAGGAGGCGGCUUUCUGGUGAGAGAGGGGAGAUGGGGUGUUGCCACUCGAGGCUCGAGAGGAAGGAAGUGGUGUCGCGGUGCAAAGCACGGCGGCGAUACAUGAAGCAGCUCGUGCUGGGGCGGCGGGCCUUUGCCGCUGCGCACUCCGUCUACCUCCGAUCCCUCCGCGCCACUGGCGCCGCCCUCCUCCAGUUCGCCAAUGCCGAGACCCAUCUCGACCUCGUCCACCACCACCUGCCUCCCUUCCCCUCUCCUUCCCCGUCCCCACCACCCCCACCCUCCCCUCCGCCUCCUCCCCCUCCCCCUCCACCGCCGCCGCGGCCAUCAGCUCCCCCUUCGUCGCAUCGACCAAUGAGCCCGAGCUCCGACAACUGGACUUCCUCGGUCACCGCCUCCCCGAUCCUUCCCCCCCCGCCGCCGCCGCCGCCUUCUUCGAGCUGGGAUUUCUGGGACCCCUUCGUCCCGCGCUCCUCUUGCUCGGCUACGGAAGAGGAGUGGGAGGAAGUCACCACCACCGUCUCGGAAGUCACCGCGGCACCCGCCGUGGUGCCCCCGCCAUCAGUGGUCAGCGGCUACUCGAAGGAAUCGACCAGUGAGCUUGCCAUGGUGGUCGUCCCAAGGGGCAAGAAAGAUCUCUCCGAGAUAGUUAAGGAGCUCGAUGAGUACUUCCUCAAGGCCACGGAGGCCGGAAGUCGUGUUUCACUCACACUGGAAGCUCCCAACAGUGAUUUCUCCUCCAACCAGGGGCUCUCAGCAAAGAUGAGUAGCUACGGCAAGAACUUGAACCCCUUGAAUUGGUCUUGGAGAUCCGACUCAAAGACUAAUGGUGGUUUCACCAGGUUUGGGAGUUGCAGAGGUGAGAUGGUUAGGGGCUUUGGAAGUGGGGUUGGAGCUGGAAUCGGGAAUGUGAGCCACACCUCCACUGUGGAGAAGCUCUAUGCUUGGGAGAAGAAGCUGUUCCUUGAAGUCAAGAAUGCUGAGAUGAUCCGGGAGGAGCAUGAGAAGAGGGUGGCAUUAUUGAGGAAGCAAGAGGUCAGAGGAGUGGACUAUGUAAAGAUGGAGAAGAACAAGAUGGAGAUUGAGAGGCUGGAGUCCAAGAUGAUGGUAGCCUCCCAGGCCAUAGAGACCACCACCUCUGAGAUCAUUAAGUUGAGGGAGUCUGAGUUCUUCCCUCAGCUUCUUGAACUGCUUACUGGUUUGAUGAGCAUGUGGAGGAGCAUGUAUGAGUGCCAUCAGGUGCAGACACACAUUGUUCAGCAACUGAAGUACUUGAACUGUGCACUGAACUCUCAUCCCACAAGCAACAUCCAUCGGCAGGCUGCUCUCCAGCUCGAGCUGGAGGUGGAGAACUGGUACUCUGCAUUCUGCAGCCUCGUCAACUCCCAGAGAGAGUAUGUACAUGCUCUCACGGGGUGGCUCCGCCUCUCUCUCUUCCAGUGCCACCAUGAUUCUCUCGCUCAAAGCCGGCAGAACCCCGAGAUCUACUCGCUGUGCGAAGAGUGGCAACUCGCACUUGAUCGAAUUCCAGACAAGGUGGCCUCGGAGGGGAUCAAAAGCUUCCUAACUGUGAUCCAUGCUGUUGUCAUGCAGCAAACGGAGGAGCAGAAGCAGAAGAAAAGGUCGGAGGUAGCAUUUAGGGAGCUUGAGAAGAGAGCCGAAGAGCUGAGAUCACUGGAGUCCAAGUUUGGCCCCUAUUCGACAACCGAAGGACACGGCGGCAUGGCACAAAGAUCUCCGGUGUUGGAGAAGCGAGCCAAGGUGGAAGCUCUAAAGGCGAAGGCAGAGGAAGAGAAGAGCAAGUACGAGAAGAGUGUAGGGGUGACGAGAGCAAUGACACUGAACAACUUGCAGACAGGUUUUCCCAACGUCUUCCAGGCAAUGACUGGCUUUGCCGGCGUGUGCAUGCAGGUCUUCGAGUCGGUGUAUAACCAGCAGAGGAGUUUGGACCGUGUGCUCGACGCGAAGAGGCUUCUUCCUGGAGAACGUGGGAAGGGGCAGGAGGAGGAGAUGAGUGCGUCCAGGUUUAUAAAGUGCGUCACGGUGGGGGACGGCGCCGUCGGCAAGACCUGCAUGCUCAUAUCGUACACCAGCAACACAUUCCCCACGGAUUAUGUCCCUACCGUGUUUGACAAUUUCAGUGCAAAUGUAGUGGUUGACGGGAACACAGUUAAUCUUGGUUUGUGGGAUACUGCAGGUCAGGAGGACUACAACAGGCUAAGACCUUUGAGCUAUCGAGGUGCAGAUGUUUUUUUGCUGGCCUUCUCUCUCAUAAGUAAAGCUAGCUAUGAAAAUGUGGCUAAGAAGUGGAUUCCUGAACUGAAGCACUAUGCCCCAGGUGUGCCUAUAAUUCUUGUUGGAACAAAGCUUGAUCUCCGCGAUGAUGACCAGUUCUUCAUAGAUCACCCUAGCGCUGUACCAAUUAGUACUGCACAGGGGGAAGAGUUGAGGAAGCUAAUUGGUGCUCCUGCCUACGUCGAGUGCAGUUCAAAGACCCAGCAAAACGUCAAGGCAGUUUUCGAUGCGGCCAUUAAAGUGGUUCUUCAACCACCCAAGCAGAAGAAAAAGAAAAGAAAAUCGCAGAUGGGCUGCUACAUCAUGUGAAUAUUAUGCACGUGGAAAAGAAUAUGACACACUGGCCAUCCUUUCUUGUGGCGUCUCACUCCAUGUAACCCAUCAGGUCUUUUGGUUCCCCUUCUCUUGUUUGUGUCAUGACUUGUUGAGCAUCUACCUCCUCCUGAUGUCCCAUGCACGUCGAAGAUAGAUGGAAGCUUCGAGUCCACUUGACUUACGAACAUGUCGAACUUGGUUUUGUACCUCAAUCAAAGUAUGCACAAAAGGCUUGUUUA